AUGCCAGACUCGACGCGAAAGUACGGUCGAAAGCGGGCAUUCUUGCAGGACCCGUGGGUGCGUUCUGAGUCCGAGUUCCAGCUGCUCUCCGGCAGCGCCCCGCAGCCUCAGCAAGGCGGUCUCCGCGAGCGAGGGAAGACUCGCGGCUCCCUUGGCCCGGCUCCACUGCCCGGCCUCGCUUGGCUGGCCUCGCAUCGCUUCCAAGCAGCAACGCCUUCGAAAAAGCCUCGUCGGUCGGCGCCUAGACCCAGCCAGCAUCCGCCUCUCUGUCUGACUCCCUCGCAAGCUGAAAACGGCCUUGCACCUUCAUCUUGA